AUAAACGUCGUUAUCUAUCUGUCUGUCAGUCAGUCCCCCCAAAAAGCUAAUGCUAACCCAUCCACCACCCACUCACAACCCUUUCUGUCGAAUCAAAUCCCCAAUUCGGAUAACCAAUUCAACCCUAACCUCUUACCUUCUUCCCAUUCCUUAUUAAAUUCAACAAAUCGGAGACGAUAUUCAUCCGAUUCCUUCAUCAAAAUCAACAAAUCCGAUCAAAAACUUCAAAAUUCAACCGUUUUUGUACCGAUUUUCAUUACAAAAAUGUCAGAAACCGAAUCUGAACCUGAAAACGUCUUCUCAUACCUCUCAGAUGAUGUAGUUCUCAACAUCUUCCUCAAGCUCGUUGAUGAUCCGCGUAACUGGUCGCGUCUCGCCUGCGUAUGCACCAAAUUCUCGAUUCUAAUCCGUACGAUUUGCUGGAAGAACAAAUGUCACCAAACGAUUCCGACGGUUGUUUCCGAUCUGCUUCCGCCGAACGCCUCCGUGACGUCACAGUUCUCUCCGCCAGGCGGCUGGUCGUCGCUGCACAAGCUCGCCGUGUGCUGCCCUGGCCUCGCUCACUCCGGUGUGCUGUUAGAGAAUUCGGAUUUCGGUCUGGAGCGUGACCUAGGUCCGGAUGAGAAUUAUCUGGAGAGUAAGUUGUUUCAAGUAGGUAAAUCAAAUGAUUCGAAUCCUUCGUGUUCGAGUUCCGCUGUUGUUGAUGAAAUGAAUGUUGCGGUUGAUACGGCUGAUUGUUCGUGGUCUUUGUAUGAUGAUUUGUAUUUGGAUACUGUUUAUAAUAAUGGUUCGAAGUCUCAAGAUGAUGUUUGUGAAGAAGAUGCAACAAUAUAUGGUGGUGGUGGUGGUGGUGUUACAACAGGUUGUGAGUUUGCUGUUUGUAAGAAGAGGAAGAUUUGUAGAUCUUUAACUUCUCAUUUAGCGCCCGAGAUUUGGAAUUUUAGCAGGGAGCAAGGGAACAAGUUGUUGGCGAGUAGAUUUAGAGGUGAUUGUUUGUACAUUUGUGAUUGGCCUGGGUGUGUGCACACGGAGGAGAAGCGGAAUUAUAUGUUGUUUAGAGGUGUUUUUAAGAACUUUAAGAAGUCUAGGGUUUGGAGGACUAUUAAUGAUGGGAAUCGAAGUAAGACUGAUCUGAAUUGUGCGUUUUGUCCGAGUAAUGAUGUUUGGGACUUGCAUUCGGCGUUCUGUCUGAGGCCUGCUUAUGGGUUCCAUGAUGAUGGUGAGCCGGUGGUUCGAGCUUUUGUUUGUGAGAAUGGGCAUGUGUCUGGUGCGUGGACUGAUUGGCCUUUGUACACUUGAACAAGUUGGUUCAGGUUCUUUGCUGCGCUCUCUUGUUAUUGUUAUUGUCUUUGUUUUCUUGCAGUUUAUUACCGAUUAGUAGGUUGUUCAUUGUUUUAUGUUUGCUUACAUCUACAUCGUUAUGUAUUGAAUCUGAUUUAAUCUAUUUUAUCGUAUAAAUAUUCAUGUCUUGUAGUGAA